CAUUACGCAUGCACGCAGCAUGUUCUCCAUGAGCGCCGUUGUACCCCGUAGUCUCCGGCUCCUACUCCACGGCCUUGCCCCUCGGAGCCCCGCGCCGCCCUUGCAAUGGCCGGUCCGAGCGGUCAUCGCAGACAUCCGGGUCCUCGGGAGCUGGGGAAGAGGUGGCUCGCACGACCGGGGCUGGGCGAGCGGCGCCAACGGGGAGGGCGAGGGGGAGGAGCCCGAGGAGGAGGAGCUGCUGAGCGCGGAGCCACUGCUGCCCACGGCCUCCCAGCGCGUGUGCGUCCUGCAUCCUGACGUCAAGGGCCGGGCCGGAAGGACGCCGCGGCACACAGAGUUGCAGGUGGCGGAGGCUGCCGCGCUGGUGCACGCGCUGCACGGCUGGUCGGUGGUACUGACCCUAGUGGUGCCCACCAGAGUCCCCGACAGCAGGCUCGUCUUCGGCAAGGGCAACUUCCAAGACCUGACUGAGAAGAUCAGGGGGUGUCCAGACAUCACGUCUGUCUUCCUGAAUGUGGAGAGGAUGGCCACACCAACCAAGAAGGAACUGGAGGCUGCCUGGGGCGUGGAGGUGUUUGACAGAUUCACCAUCGUCCUGCACAUCUUCCGCUGUAACGCCCGCACGAAGGAGGCGAGGCUGCAGUUGGCACUUGCUGAAAUCCCCCUCCUCAGGUCUACCUUGAGCAGACGCUCUGCCUGGCUGGACCAUGAGGGAAGGGGCUCCCGGUACAUCAUGGGGUCAGGGGAGUCAUUCACAGAGCUGCGGCACCGGGUAAUGAAGGAGAAGGAAGCAAAGAUCAGACGUGCCCUGGAGCGGUUGCGGGACAAGCGGAGCCUGCUGAGGAGGCAGCGCACACAGCGCGAGUUCCCCAUAGUAUCUGUGGUCGGCUACACUAACUGCGGGAAAACCACGCUCAUCAAGGCCCUGACGGGUGAGGCUGCCAUGCAGCCAUGCAACCAGCUGUUUGCGACCCUGGACGUCACAGCGCACGCAGGGUCGCUGCCUUCGCGUAUACCUGUCCUGUACGUGGACACCAUUGGCUUCCUGUCUCAGCUGCCACACAGCCUGAUCCAAUCCUUCUCCGCCACGCUGGAGGACGUGGCACAUUCGGACGUCAUCAUGCACGUGAGGGAUAUGAGUCACCCCAACACAGAGCAGCAGAAGACCAGUGUCCUAUCUACACUGCAGAGUCUGCAGCUGCCCUCUGCUCUCCUGGAUUCCAUGUUGGAAGUUCACAACAAAGUAGACCUGGUUCCUGGGUAUAGUCCCUCGGGCUCAGGUGUCCUGGCUGUGUCUGCACUCCUGGGGCAUGGACUAGACGAGCUGAAGGUGGCGCUGGAGAAAUCGGUCCUGCAGGCCACCGGUAGGCAGGUCCUCACCCUCUGCGUGCAGCUUGGUGGUCCCCAACUCAGCUGGCUGUACAAGGAGGCCACUGUGCAGCACGUGCAAGAGCUGCCCGAAACCGGUGCUGCUCACGUGACCGUCAUCAUCAGUCGGGCUGCCUAUGGCAGGUUCCGGAAGCUGUUCCCUGAGUGACAACCGAUAGUCCCUCCCAGAUUGGCUGGCAGCUCAUUAAAACAGGAUUUGCACUCUC